AUGAAGUGCUUCGCAGGUCUCGCUCUUUGCCUUGCCGCCAUGACCAUGGCCUUGCCCACCGACCUCGGUAGCAGCGUUGCCACUGCCCACACCGAUGCCCAGGAGUACGACACCGCUCCCACCAAUGACACCGCUUCAUUCAACAGUACCACUCCCGCCAACGAUACCGCUCCGGCCACCGGUCCUGAUGGCGAUGAGAAGGGAAAGACGUCUGGCGGUACACGUACCAAUGCUACCAGUCCUCUGGUUCCUCUUCAGCGACAACCCGAGACUGUGGCGCCCCGAACUGCUGGUGCCAAGGAUACGAUGCAAGACCGUGUCCCCAAAAGGGACAGUGCUGAAGGUAGGGGGGACUGGGGUUAUGGCUGGAGCGCUGAGGUCAUUGCGAGGGAUCUGGACUUGAUCACGAGGCAGAUACCCAUGGUACUCAGUUCACAACAAGAGGCGGUUAGUGAGGUCUUGCAAUUUCCAUAA